AUGGACACGCAGUAUCUGAAGAGAUGCAUGGGGAAAUGCUUAGUGGAGGGACUGGCCGAGGUGGCAGAACAGAGACCGAAGGACCCCAUUGAGUACCUUGCAUUCUGGAUAUAUAAAUACAAGAGUAACCUGGACUACGAGGAAAAGAGGAAAAUACAUCAAGCUCAGCUGGAGCAGGAAAUCGAGAAGGCCAAGGCUGAGGCUGCCCUGUUAGAACGAAUGAAAGAGGAAGAGGAGCAGAUCGCUAUCACGUACAAAAAGCAGCAACAGCAGCUUGCAGACACACUGGUAAUGUCAAAGAAGACAUUGGCAGAAUUAUCAGAUACAUUUGGGGCUCCAAAUCUUCCAUCGGUGCAAGAAACAGAGGAGAACAACAUUGGUCCUGGGCAGGACACUCAGAGGGAUCGAGAGAAACCUUCAGAAGAGGUUACAGAACCUGCCGACCCAGCUACAGGUCCUGGAAUGGGGAGGGAGAGUGAGACUUCGGAGGAAGAAAGAAAGGAGGGCACUGAGAGGGAUAUUGAGAAACCUUCCGAAGAGAUAGCGGACGUUGGUGACUCUGAAAACCCUCCAGCUAGUCAGACAGCAGAGGAACCUGGCGCCAUGCAAGAGGAAGUGGAUGAAAAUACUGUGAAGACAGCAGAAGAGAAUUAAUAAAGCAACUAAAAUACC